AUGGAGCUCACGCUGGUGUCCCUGGGGGUGACCCCCCACUUCCGCCGGUUCACUGCCGAGUCCCUGGUGGAGAUUGAGAAACGCAUCUCAGCCCAUCAGGCUGCCAAGAAAAGCAGGGAGAAAAGGAGGAGCAGAGAGGAGGAGGGUGAGAAGCUCCGGCCUCAGCUAGACUUGAAAGCCUGCAACCAGCUGCCCAAGUUUUAUGGUGAACUCCCUGCGGAACUGGUUGGGGAGACCCUGGAGGAUUUAGAUCCUUUCUACAGCACUCAUCGGACUUUCAUUGUGCUGAACAAAGGGAGGACCAUCUCCCGGUUUAGUGCCACCCGGGCCCUGUGGCUCUUCAGUCCUUUCAACCCCAUCCGAAGAACAGCCAUCAAGGUGUCCGUUCAUUCUUGGUUCACUACCUUUAUUACGGUCACGAUUCUGAUCAAUUGUGGGUGUAUGACCCAGAAUGACCUUCCAGAAAAAAUCGAGUACGUCUUCACCGUCAUUUACACCUUUGAAGCUCUGAUAAAGAUCCUGGCGAGGGGCUUCUGCCUCAAUGAGUUCACCUACCUGCGGGACCCCUGGAACUGGCUGGACUUCAGUGUCAUCUCCCUGGCGUAUGUGGGUGCAGCUACCAACCUCCAAGGAAUCUCCGGCCUGCGAACUUUCCGUGUUCUGAGAGCGUUGAAGACCGUCUCUGUGAUCCCAGGGCUGAAGGUCAUAGUAGGAGCUUUGAUCCACUCGGUGAGGAAGCUGGCAGACGUGACCAUCCUCACCGUCUUCUGCCUCAGUGUCUUCGCCCUGGUGGGCCUGCAGCUCUUCAAGGGCAACCUCAAGAACAAGUGUGUCUGGAACACCACAACCUUCCCGGCGAACGCCAGCGACUCCACCGACAGGAAAGAGAAGUAUGUGAUCAAGGAAGGCACGUCGGAGCCCCUGCUGUGCGGGAAUGGCUCUGACUCAGGCCACUGCCCUGAAGGCUCGAUCUGCCUUAAAACUUACCAAAACCCAGAUUACAACUACACCAGCUUCGAUUCCUUCGCCUGGGCCUUCCUCUCCCUCUUCCGCCUCAUGACACAGGACUCCUGGGAACGCCUCUACCAGCAGACGCUCAGGGCAUCUGGGAAGAUGUACAUGAUCUUCUUCAUGCUGGUCAUCUUCCUGGGCUCCUUCUACCUGGUCAACCUCAUCCUGGCCGUGGUCACCAUGGCCUACGAAGAACAGAACCAGGCCACCAUGCUGGAAAUCGAGGCGAAGGCGAAGAAAUUCCAGGAGGCCUCUGAGUUGCUGCAGAAGGAGCAGGAGGUGUUGGCAUCGCUGGGCAUUGACACAGCCUCGCUCCAUUCCCACAAUGAAUCACCACCAGCCACCCAAAACACCAAUGACCCCAGAAGGCAUGGAUUGAAAGCCAGGGUGUCCGAAGGCUCCGCCGACAACAACUCUCCCCAAUCGGAGCCUUACAACCAGCGCAGGAUGUCCUUCCUAGGCCUCACUGCGGGGAGACGCCGAGCCAGCCACAGCAGCGUGUUUCAUUUCCGAGCACCUGGGCGAGAAAUUUCCUUCUCUGAUGGGGUCAGUGAUGAUGGAGUGUUUCAUGGAGAUCCCGAAAGCCAACGCGGCCCUGUGCUCAUGGGCAGGGGUCCUGGACCACAAGACCCCCUUCCCAGAAUCCCACUGCCACAACCCCCCAACUCUGGCUCUGGAUAUGGGGAUGGGGGAACUAGCAUGUUACCUGUUCCUGGAGCCACGGAUGUCCCGGCAUGUGACCCAGGAGACAAGCCCAUCUUCUUAUCAGCAGAAUAUGUGAACGAACCUUUCCGAGUCCAAAGGGCAAUGAGUGUGGUCAGUAUUAUGACCUCAGUCAUCGAAGAGCUGGAGGAGUCAGAGCAGAGGUGUCUGCCCUGUCUGAUCAACUUGGCUCAGAAGUACCUGAUCUGGGAGUGUUGUCCCACCUGGCUGAGGCUCAAGACGCUGCUCUUCGAGCUGGUGACGGACCCCUUUGCCGAGCUCACCAUCACCCUGUGUAUUGUGGUGAACACAGUCUUCAUGGCCAUGGAGCACCACGGCAUGAGCAGCGCGUUCGAGUCCAUGCUGCAGACGGGCAACAUUGUUUUUACCACGUUUUUUACUGCUGAAAUGGUCUUCAAAAUCAUCGCCUUUGACCCCUACUAUUACUUUCAGAAGCGAUGGAACAUCUUCGACUGUGUCAUUGUCACUGUGAGCCUGUCGGAGCUGGGAGUGGCCAAGAAGGGCAGUUUGUCUGUGCUUCGAACUUUCCGCUUGCUCCGUGUGUUCAAGUUAGCCAAAUCGUGGCCGACCUUGAACACGCUCAUCAAGAUCAUUGGGAACUCCGUAGGGGCGCUGGGGAAUCUGACCUUCAUCCUGGCCAUCAUCAUCUUCAUCUUCGCGCUGGUUGGCAAGCAGCUCCUGAGCGAGGGGUACAGAAAAGAAUGCAAGCGCAUCGCCGCCCAGGGGGAGCCGGGCCCGCGCUGGCACAUGAUGGAUUUCUUCCAUUCCUUUCUCAUCAUCUUCCGCAUCCUCUGUGGGGAGUGGAUUGAGAACAUGUGGGCCUGUAUGGAAGUCGGCGAGAAAUAUAUCUGCCUCAUCCUCUUCCUCACCGUGAUGGUGCUGGGAAAUCUGGUGGUGCUCAACCUCUUCAUCGCCCUCCUGCUCAAUUCCUUCAGCGCUGACAACCUCGCGGCCCCCGAGGAUGACGGAGAAGUCAACAACCUCCAGGUGGCCUUGGCACGGAUUCAGACAUUUGUCCAUCGCAUCAGGCGGGCCAUUGGCAAAUUCUUCCGGCGGGCCUGUUGUUGGGGCUGGCCCAAGGCACAAUCCAAGAUGGUGGUGAAACUUCCACUCUCCACCAGCAGCUCCAAGAUGGAGAACCCCCCUGCUGUGGACGGUGUGCUGGCCAGCUCGGAUCUGCCCACGCUUGGAGACCCAAGGAACCAACAUGGCGACUUCAUCACCAACCCAAGUGUGUGGGUCUCUGUGCCCAUCGCUGAGGGGGAGUCAGACCUGGAGGAAGAGGAUGAGAACUUAUUUGUCGUAAUCUAUGGGGCCGUGGCCAUGGGGUGUAUGCAGGGCAGCGGGAACUGGGGUCACACCAUCCCUCUGGACACUGGCAGGGAGCAACAGCAGCAAUUUGGGAGCCAAGAGGAUCACCUGGCCUGUAGGAGCCCAGGGUCUGGGUCAUCCUUUGAGGAUCUUGGCCCAUUCCUGGGGGGCAAAUGGACAGACAAGGCUGUUCCUCAGGUCCCUGCUGAGGAGGCGGAUGAUGUCAGCAGCUCGGAGGGGAGCACGGUGGACUGUGUGGACCCUGAGGAGAUCCUGAGGAAGAUUCCCGAGCUGGCCAAUGACCUGCAGAAGCCGGAGGACUGCUUCCCGGAAGGCUGUGUGCGGCGCUGCUGCCCGGGCCUCCCCGCAGACCCCGCCCGCUGCCCAUGGGCCUGGCAGGUGCGCAGAACCUGCUUCCACAUCGUGGAGCACAGCUGGUUCGAGAGCUUCAUCAUCUUCAUGAUCCUGCUCAGCAGCGGGGCCCUGGCCUUUGAAGACUGCCACCUGGACCAGAAGCCGAUGGUGAAGUCAUUAUUGGAAUACACGGACCGCAUGUUCACCUUCAUCUUCGUGUUUGAGAUGCUGCUCAAAUGGGUGGCCUAUGGCUUUAAGAAAUAUUUCACCAAUGCGUGGUGCUGGCUGGAUUUUCUCAUUGUUAAUAUCUCACUCGUGAGCCUCAUAGCGAAGAUCUUAAAAUCCGAUGUUCAAUCCAUCAAGGCCCUGAGGACUCUCCGUGCCCUGCGGCCCUUGCGGGCUCUGUCUCGAUUUGAGGGCAUGCGGGUGGUGGUGGACGCGCUGGUGGGCGCCAUCCCCUCCAUCAUGAACGUCCUGCUCGUCUGCCUCAUCUUCUGGCUCAUCUUCAGCAUCAUGGGCGUGAAUCUGUUUGCGGGCAAGUUCGGCCGCUGCGUCAAGCAGACAGACAAUGGAUUCUUGCUGGUGAAUCUGUCGACUGUGGACAACCUGUCCGAUUGUCGGGAAAAGAACGACACCGGCCACCUGUUCUGGGUCAACGUGAAGGUCAACUUUGACAACGUAGCCAUGGGCUAUCUCGCACUCCUACAGGUGGCAACUUUCAAAGGGUGGAUGGACAUCAUGUAUGCAGCCGUUGAUUCUCGGGAUGUGGACAGCCAGCCCUCGUGGGAGUAUAAUGUGUAUAUGUAUUUGUACUUCGUCAUCUUCAUCAUCUUCGGUGGCUUCUUCACGCUGAAUCUCUUUGUUGGGGUCAUCAUCGACAACUUCAAUCAACAGAAGAAAAAGAUAAGGGGCCAGGAUAUCUUCAUGACAGAGGAACAGAAGAAAUAUUAUAAUGCCAUGAAAAAGCUUGGAUCCAAAAAACCCCAGAAACCCAUUCCUCGGCCCCUGAACAAGUACCAAGCCUUCGCCUUUGACUUGGUGACCAAGCAGGCGUUCGACGUGAGCAUCAUGGCGCUCAUCUGCCUCAACAUGGUGACCAUGAUGGUGGAGACGGACGACCAGAGUGAGGAGAAGACCCAGAUCCUGGGCAGGAUCAACCAGUUCUUCGUGGCGGUGUUUGCGGCCGAGUGCGUCCUGAAAAUGUUUGCUUUGCGGCAGUAUUACUUCACCAACGGCUGGAACGUGUUCGACCUCAUCGUCGUUCUGCUCUCCAUCGGGAGUCUGCUGUUCUCUGCCAUUCUCACCUCCAUUGAAAACUACUUCUCCCCCACGCUCUUGCGUGUCAUCCGCCUGGCCCGCAUCGGCCGCAUCCUCCGGCUCAUCCGGGCCGCCAAGGGCAUCCGCACCCUCCUCUUCGCCCUCAUGAUGUCCCUCCCCGCCCUCUUCAACAUCGGCCUGCUGCUCUUCCUCGUCAUGUUCAUCUACUCCAUCUUCGGCAUGGCCUCCUUCCCCAACGUCCGGAGGGAGGCGGGCAUCGACGACAUGUUUAACUUCCAGACGUUCGCCAACAGCAUGUUGUGCCUCUUCCAGAUCACCACCUCGGCCGGCUGGGACGGCCUCCUCAGUCCCAUCCUCAACACCGGGCCUCCCUACUGCGACCCCAACGUGCCAAACAGCUGUGGCUCCCAUGGGGACUGUGGGAGCCCGGCCGUGGGGAUCGUCUUCUUCACCACCUACAUCAUCAUCUCCUUCCUCAUCGUGGUCAACAUGUACAUCGCCGUCAUCCUGGAGAAUUUCAACGUGGCCACGGAGGAGAGCACCGAGCCGCUGGGCGAGGACGACUUCGACAUGUUCUACGAGAUCUGGGAGAAGUUCGACCCCGAGGCCACGCAGUUCAUCGCCUUUUCCGUCCUCUCUGAUUUUGCAGACACCCUCUCCGGCCCUCUGCGAAUCCCCAAGCCCAAUCAGAAUAUCUUACUCCAGAUGAACCUGCCUUUAGUCCCCGGAGAUAAGAUCCACUGCUUAGACAUCCUCUUCGCCUUCACCAAGCACGUGCUGGGCGAGUCCGGGGAGUUGGACUCCCUGAAGGCCACCAUGGAGGAGAAGUUCAUGGCCACCAACCUCUCGAAAGCGUCCUACGAGCCUAUUGCCACCACCCUUCGGUGGAAGCAAGAAGACAUCUCGGCCACUGUGAUCCAAAAAGCAUACCGGAACUACGUACGGCACCGAUCCUCCGUCAUCUCCCGCACGUCACAUGCACCCAAGAACCCAGAGGGGGGCCUGUCGCCCUCGGGUGAACACGAUGCUGCCUUCAUGACCCAGGGUGCUUGUGAGCUCCCCGACAAAUCCGCCACCACAUCGGCCACGUCCUUCCCACCGUCCUAUGACAGUGUCACCAGAGGCCUGAGUGACAGAGCUGGUGGGAGCACAUCCAGCUCAGUACAGAAUGAACUGGAAGUGACUUCCCCUCAACCCUAG